AUGCAUCGCCUGCCGCGACAGCAGGACGACGGCGCGCUCGCCUCGCCGCGCUCCAGUCGCGCCCCGAGCAUCAGCAGCGAUCACCUGUCCACCACCGGUUCUACAAGCACCGUCGCCGCCGUCUACGUUCCCGCCUCCGCCUUCCAGCCGCCGCCCGCCUACGUCGCCGUAUCCGCCGCGUCGCAAAUCGUCACCGACCACCAGAAUGCGACCCUACUCGACCAAUUGACCAAGGAGGAGGCCGAUAAUGUGCCCGCCGAGAGCGCGCGCUUCUCCGAGCAAGCCCUGGCCCUGCUCAAUGGCUUCCUCGACUCGCUGCUCUUCUCCAUCCUGGCCACCGGCCGGUCGCGCUCGCUCAUGGCCAUCCGCCCCGCCGUGCAGGAGGUCCUGAAGCCCAAGCUUGCGCGCGAGGCUCUCAAGGCCGCCGACGAGGAGUUGGCUGGCCUCAUGGCCGACGAGGAGGAGGACGAGGAGAUCCCCAAUGGCCAGGGCGAGAAGUGGAGCCUGGAGGCCGUCUUCAAGCGCACGCGCCUGCGCGUAAUGGUGUACACGCGCCUCGGCGAGCUCGAGGACGAGGACGAGGAGCGCUUCCUCGACGAAGAUGAAGUGUACGCCGAGGACGAGGCCGCCAGGGAGGCCGGCCUGGUCUCUUGGGCUGCUGCCAUUUUCCUUACCUCUGUCAUCGAGUACAUCGCUGAGCAGACCCUCAUUGUGGCUGGUCAAGCUGCUUUCAAACGCAUGCGCGCCAAGCGGAAGAGAUCCGUCCAGCAGGGUGUGACCGACGAGGAUGAGCUGGAAGAGCUGGAGCGCGUCGUCGUGAACGACUUCGAUAUGGAGAAGGUCGCCCUGAACUCAGCGCUCGGCCGCCUUUGGCGGACAUGGAAGAAGACGAACCGUGCACCCAUCACCCCCAUCUCUGCGACUGGCCGCUCGCCCUUUAGCCGCUCCUUUUCCUUCAGCAGCGGCCACCGCAGGUACAGCACUGGCAAUGCGCAUGAUGCCCCCAGCGCGGCCGCCCUUGAGGAGGUGCCUGAGGUCGAGUACUCUGAGCGCGAUAUUGCGUCGAACAUCCCGCUUCCAAUUGGGGAGAAUGAUGUUGCUGAAAUCGAGGUUCCCGGCCUCGCCAAGACGUAUGAGGAGGUUGAGGAGGUGGUCGACGAGAGCGCGUCCCUGAUGCCGCCGCCCACUAAGAAGCAGCGCCCAAUGAGCUGGCUCGCUGCGCCGGGGUCAGGCCGUCACCUGAUUCGUUCUCGUUCCAACUCGAUGCCCUCGAUCAAGCAGUUGGCGCAGAGGCAGGCGUCGACGAGCAGUGAAGAGCCGCCAUCUGAGACGCCCCCUUUCCAUACCCCCGUUGAAACUUUCCACCAGCACGAGGAUUAUAUCGCUGAGGGUAACAAAGUUGCCGAGACAAAGCGGAAAAGCCAGGCGAACUCGGCGAGGUUUUCGACGGAUCAACUCGAUGAAGUGUCGUCGGUCAUUGCUGAGACUGGAUCCCUUCCCGGAGCUGCGUCGCCUCCUCCUGCUCCCCCGAUCAAUCGCCGGAGCAUUUUGAGAGAUCGUUCUCCCAAGCCUCUGCAGCUUGGAAGGGAUAUUCUUGUCACUGCAAAGCCUGCGGAUUCGCCCCGUGGCAACAAGCAACCCGUCGAGAGCAAAGUCGAAAUCAAGCCGAAGAAGUCGAGGUCGAACUCACCGGUGAGAGGAAACAAGGAGCUCAAGCUUAGAACGUCGAACGAAGCUAUCGGGGUGGCAAGGACGACGGAUGUUGCCAAGACCGCGCCUUCGUCGCCCCUUCCUGCAGUCAAUGAAGCCCCGCAAGAAAAGAAGCGAGCCAACCGUCUCUCCGUCUUCCCUCCGCCCGCAAAGAUGAAUCAAGUCAUCAUCCCUGCCAUGGGAUCGCCCUUUGCGAGAGAGAAGACGCCUAGCGGUACUCCAACUCGGGCAGACUUCGCCUUCGAGGAGCCUCAGCCUGUCCCCAACUCCAAACAAACCCCCAUUGAACUAGGCAAAGACAUCGAAAACCACCGUAUGAGCAGAGCGCUUCGCUCGCAGACUGUCUCUACCCAAGCAUCCCAGACGAUUCCUCAAGGCCCGCCUUCGAUUUCGGCCCUCUCCUCCCAGACCCGGGAUAGUUCUACCUCGCUUAAUUCGAGGAAGUCGGAAGACGACCGUGCGCGGGACUUCGACGCGGCGAUUGCGCAAAACGACACGGUCUACUACACGCUCACCCCGGAACGCAUGCGUGAGGUAAGUAAGGAGCGCGAGAUGAACGCCAGAGCCGAGGCUGAGGCCCGAGACCAGUCUUCGCACGCGAGAUCUGCGACCGCGACUCAGGUUUCAGUUUUUCCACGUGUGCCCCACAGUGGAUCCGGCUCGAGCUCGAGCCCACAGUUGCAGCGUUCCAACACCUCUUCGCGGGGCUCGUUGAGUAGUAAGCAUGGGAAGAGCACAAUUUCCGACGAUUCUGCGAAGGAACCGAAGGCAGCUCGGCCCACCCCUAUUAAUCAAGCUGGAAACAUCUACACGCGCAACAAGUAUAUGCCCCGAGAGCCGAGGGUACAAACCGACCCGACCUUUGAUCUUCGGGACUUUCUCAUCUCGACCACCCCUUCGAGCAACAACAAGCCCAUCGCCCCUCUCGAGACCUCUGCUUUCUCCCACAGCGCAGACAACAGCCCGGCCACCGCUACCACAACUCCUACUUCCAGAGGAUUCUUGCACAAGACUGGUUCUCGAUCUGCUAAGAACUCCAUUAGCGAGGGUUCGUCUCUUUCACUUCCAAACCGCAAGAAACUGGAGGCCCGUAGCCCGGCCGGUCCAGUUCACGUCGACAACGAUCUUAUUGAUUUGAUACGUCAAGGCCCGCCUGGUUCAGACCACCGCAUCCCCCGCACCGUAGCGCCCUUCCGCGACACGAUGGAUUCCGAACAGAUGGAACUCUACUCGACCGCCGUUGCGCCCUCCGUCCACUCCCAGACCACGACCAACUCCCGCAGUGGCCUGCUCUCCCACAGUAACAACGUUCACCCGGCUUGGGGCAACGAGCCUUCGUCGCUGAGCGGCAGCAUGUCCGACGGGCCAAUGAUCACGAAGAACCGGCCCAAGAAGCGCAUCGACCCUUACGCCAUCCCGGACGACGACGAGCUGGAGGAAGAGUUCGGCGAGGAAGACGAAGACGAGCUGACGGCGCUGCCGGGUAGCACCGGCGGGCCCGUAUCGACGCCACCGAGCGGUCUCGUGCGCGCGAGCGAGGAAAGCUCAGCCCACCACCAAGAGUCGGCUCAUUCGAGGCAGAAGGCUAAGACCGCCACCUCGGAGCUAGCAGACUUCCUGUCGAACGAGCCGCCCACCCGCGCCGUCACCGACGCCCCCGUCCAGCCCUUCAUGCUCUCCGAGUCGACGAUGAAGGCCAUCAAGAACGGCGGCUCCGCCACGGCCGCGUCGGCCAACGGCAUCCGCGCCGCGUCGUCGCACAGCAAGACGUCGUCGAUGGGCGCGAGCGGCAUCGGCCUCCCCGGCUCCUACAACAACGGCUACGUCACCACCAUCAGCGGUGGCCACGGCAACCACCGCCUCGGCUCGUCGGCGUCGAACGGCAGCUUCGGCGGCAGCAACGGCCUCGCCAAGCGCAGCAACACGCUCCGCGCGGCGUCGAGCGGCGCGAGGGGCGCGCGCAUGGGCGCGGGCAACGACGACGAGCGCGGCGGCUUGAGCGAGAUGGCGGAUUUCCUCAAGAACUCUGGCCCCCCGCCUAGCUGGGACGAGAAGCCGUUGCCGUUCGUCAAGUUCGAUAAGGAUGGCAAUCCGAUCGAGCCUGGGCAGAAGGAGAAGAGUAGGGGUAUUUCGAGGUUUUGGAAGAGGUGA